CCAAGAUGGCGGCGCCCAGCGCAGUGGCUGCUGCCACCUCCAGCGAGAGAGAUGGAGGGGGCAGCGGCUUUGAAUCGUGGCUAGAUGGACGGUUGGAGGCGCUGGGAGUGGACCGAGCCGUUUAUGGCGCCUACAUCUUGGGUGUCCUGCAGGAAGAGGAGGAAGAAGAGAAGCUGGAUGCUCUGCAGGGCAUUCUCUCUGCUUUCCUGGAAGAAGAUUCCCUCCUUAAUAUCUGCAAGGAGAUUGUGGAACGAUGGUCAGAAACUCAGAAUGUUGUCACCAAAGUGAAAAAAGAAGAUGAAGUCCAGGCCAUUGCCACCCUCAUUGAGAAGCAGGCACAGAUCGUGGUGAAGCCCAGAAUGGUGUCAGAAGAGGAGAAGCAGAGGAAAGCUGCCCUCCUGGCCCAGUAUGCUGAUGUGACAGAUGAAGAGGACGAAGCAGAUGAGAAGGAUGACUCAGGAGCCACCACGAUGAGCAUUGGUUCUGACAAAUCUCUGUUCCGAAACACCAAUGUGGAAGAUGUCCUCAAUGCCCGAAAACUGGAGCGAGACACGCUUCGGGAUGAGUCCCAGAGGAAGAAGGAACAGGACAAGCUGCAGAGGGAGAGAGACAAACUAGCCAAGCAGGAACGCAAGGAAAAGGAAAAGAAAAGGACACAAAGAGGGGAGCGAAAGCGAUAACCUUGGUCCACUCUAUUUCUCCUAAUGAACUUGGUCAAAGGGAGACCUGGUUGUGCAUUUGUGUAUUUAAGAGAAAUGAGAGAACAUUGCCAGGUAGUUUCCCAAGGCAUUUCCCCUUUUGUUUACAUGGUCACAAGGAAAAUCGCAAACAAUUCUAAUUACAAAAUGUGCCAUGUCUCUGUGGUGUGGGUAAUCGGAUUAUUGUAGCUGAUGUCUGAACCAAAGAUCUGGGAUGGGGACAGCCUUUAUAUUUUAAUACUGAAGUCCUAUACUCCUUUUGACCAUUUUAAAAAGUCUUCCCUUACCUUGUAUAAACAGCAGGAAUAUUCAGAAAGCUGAAUUUUUGUCCUGAAGGAGCUGAAUCAUGGCCACUCCUUCCCUGAGAUGAACUGUGUGCGUGUGUUAGUUGCUUAGUCCUGUCCAACUCUUUGCAACCCCAUAGAUGGCAGCCUACCAGGCCCCUCCAUCCAUGGGACUCUCCAGAUGAAUUGUAGGCGUGUCAAUUGCUUCAGAAGUAUUAUUCACAUCUAAAUAAAUGGUUUUAUGUCUGAAAUAGGAAGCUAAUGAAGAGCCCUACCUGGAUCUAGACUUUCAUGUUACAUGGCGACAAAAUAGGAAAAUAAGAAAAGGUUAUUUGGUGGAUGUUCUGCAUUUGAGAUUUUUUUUUUUUUAAGUUUCAGCCUAUGAUAGGAAACAAAGUUUCUUUUAGUAAAGAGAUAGUUAUAUAUUUUUCCUCAUUUAGGCUUUGAUUUUAAGAAGGAUGUGUCAGUAUUGAGUGCAGGGAAUCAACAUUAGCUAGAUUCUUUUUUUAUAAUCAUGAAUCCUCUUGAGUGCUAGUAGAGAUUUUAACCCUGAUCUACCCUAAAACAUAUAAGGACCUGAUAAUUACAGGUUUAGAAAAAACCCUUUUAAGGAAAAACACUGAAAAUCUCUGCUAACACUAAGAUAUUUAACAGUGUACAUAGUAGGUGCUCAACAAAUUUAUUGAAUGAGGGAGUGAAUGGAAAAACUGCUUGGGAGAGUUGAAAGUGAGUAGGAACUCUCCUCCAUUUCUACUUUUGUCACAAACCACAUUUGGUUCUAAGCAGCUCUUUCUCUACUUCAGGAAGCAGACUGUCAAGAAGCCUCAAGAGAGCGAUUUCUCUGUCAAGACAGAAAGUAGAUACAUUAUACCAGGGGUGGGCAAACUAAUGCCAAAUUUGGUCAUUUGUUUUUGUAUGGUUCAAGCUAACAAUGGAUUGCACAUUUUUAAAGGGUUGUAAAAGAAUGAACAUGUGACAGAGACCUUAUGUGACUUAUAAAGUGUAGAAUACUUACUACCUGGCCCUACAGAGAAAAUGUCUGCUGACCUCUGUUUUAUACCAUUAACUAUGAGAUUAACAAAACAAUUGUUACGGUUCCACAGGAGGUAAAAAACGUGGUUAAGGAAAUGAUGCAUCACCUCUAUACACUCCUAUAGCCAUGUCAUUGUAAAAUUUUUUAAAAAAAUAACCACCUUUUUAAAAAAAUAAACUAUUUAA